CGUAACGUGCGGACGUGCCAAGCUCGCCUACAACAAAAUUACAAAAAUACGACAACGAUAUCGUGUUUUAGUGUUUCAGUUUGCUGCACUUGAUUUUUUGGCUUGAACAAUCACGCAAAAUAGACAAGCCAAAAAUAUAUUUAACACAAAAUAUUUAACAUUAUACGUUCAAAGGUUGUGACACACACACACACACACACGUAGAAAUAAAAAGCAAUAAACUACUGCAGCAAAAAGUACAAAAAUAAUAUAUACAAAACAAAAUAACACAAAAACAAAACACUACUGGAAAAUUCUUCUUUGGAAGCGAGAGAGCUCUGAGAGAGCAAAAACAACAACGACAACAACAACAACAACAACAACAGCAAUGACAGCGACUGCGGCGCCGACGUCAACGUCGGCUGCGACGAGAAAGCAACCUGCAAAUAACGCGAUGCUCAGCGAAGCUUUUACGGUUAAGCGGCUUUUAGCGAUUUUCGUAGUGUUCACACUGCUCCACAGUAGUCAGGGAUUGGAGCUGGGUGACAAGUGUCAGCAUGAUAUGGACUGCACAGAUUUCAUCAAGGGCAGCAGCUGCUCGGCACUGGGAUACUGCGAAUGUGCGCCCUACUUUGUCCAAUUGGAUUCCAAGCGGUGUUUGUCAUCUCAACUCUUGGGCGGAGACUGCCAGCUGAGCGAGCAGUGUUCGAUGAAGGUGGCAAACAGCAGUUGUUUGGACGGCGCCUGUCGAUGCGUCGAGGGAUUCUUGCAAUUCCGCAAGCACACAUGUCUGGGACCUGCUCAUCCUGGCGCUGUUUGUUAUAGCCACGCCCAUUGUCAAAUGUUCGAUACACGCACCCAUUGUGAUUUCCUUAUCCCCAAUCUGUUUGGACGCUGUCAGUGCACGGCACCAUCGCGCAUGGUGGGUGGAUUGUGUGUGGCACCAUCCAACGAUGAAGCGGCAACAACGGCAACAGAGGAGAAGGCUUCCACAACGUCUACGACAUCGACUACCAGACGCACCACAACAACAACAACCACAACCACCACCACGCCAAGAACCACAACAACUACGACGACGACAACAACAACUGCUGCUCCAACUACAGCUAGAACCACAACUGCUCCUGUGAUCUUAGAGGAUGAGCAGCCUGCCAGCGUUGAGGAGCAAACCCUUGAGGAGGACGACAGCGAAGCAGCCAAAUUGCGGCCCCAAGUCAGCGAAUCAGACAACGGCGAGAAGCUCGAAGCAAUCGAUCUGGCACAUGAGGAAACCGAGUUGACACAACAGCAACAGCAAACAGACAAGAUUGAGCAACAGCAGUCAGCAGAGCAACAUCAGACAACGGGAGCACAGCAGCUGUUGACGCCCGCCGAUGUGGUGACCGAGGCCAUAGAAGCCACCGAACAGGAGACUGAGGCGGCACCUGCUUACGAUUAUCCCUACAAAAUCGAUGAGGAGUACGCCGAGGAGCAUGAGAUCAAACCAGAAGCUGAGGCCGAGGAACAUGAGGUGAAACCUGCAGAAGUUGAGGCAGAGAUUAAACCAGAGGUUGAGGAAGAGAUUAAACCAGAGGUUGAGGAAGAGAAUAAACCUGAAGCUGAGGCAGAAAACAAACCUGAAGCGGAGACUGAAGCUGAGUCAAAGCCAGAGAUUGCAGCCGAGCCACAACCAGAGACCGUAGAAGAACAACAACAGUCAGAGACUUUGCCAGAGCCAGCUGCAGAGCCAGAGACCGUGUCGGAGUUAGCAGCGCCCGCAGAGGAGGAGAAAUUGCAGCAUGUGGAGGAGACGCAACAGCAUGAGAAUGAACCACAGAAAGUGGAAGAGACGCAGCACGAAGAAGAGCAACAACAUGUGGAGGAGUCGCAACAUGUUGAAGAGGAACAAGAGAUCGAAGCGUCGGGCGCACAAGCCAACGCAGACGAUACCAUGAAAUUCGAUUAUGAAACGGCUGUCGAUGAGGAGGAGCAGCCACAACAGCCACAGCAGUCGCAACACGAUGAGCUGGAGCCACAGACUGAUGCUGAGACGCCGCUGGAGACUGAGCAAGUGAAUGAGAACGAAAAUGAGACCGAGACUGAUGCGGAGACGGAGACGGCCACAAAGCAUUAUGAGCAACAGCUGCAGCUGGAGGAUGAGAAGGAGGUGCCAACCGAUGCUGCUGAUGAUGAUUUGAUACCCGUGCAUAACGAUGAGGUGGCUGAAAUUGAAAGUGUGACCAGUCAGCAGCCAGAAGCCGCAGCAACAGAGAUCACGCCAGAGGCGGAACAAUCGGGCGAUCAUGAGCUGGAGCAAGAUACAGAGAUCACGCAGGAAGAACAGCAAGAGGCCGCAACAGAAGCAGCAGCAACAGUUGUGGAGGAGGAAGAACAGGUGCAACAAAGUGCAGAGCCAGCGAAACCUGAAGCCGAAAUUGAAACUGAGGUUGAGCCAGAAGCUGAGAAUGAGACUGAACCAGAAGCCGCAGAAAUCGAGCUGACAACAGAAACCGCGGCGGAGAAUGCAGUUGAAAUUGAGAAGGAGUCUGAGAUUGAGACAGAGCAACAGAAGGAAUCAGAGAACGAAACAGAGACCGAGAAGGAGAAGGAGUCGGAGAACGAGGCUGAGAUUCAAACAGAAGCAACACAAAGCGCCGACGUCAAGCCGACAAGUGGCGAAGAUGAUUUAAAUGAAGCCAAUCAAUUAAAUCAAGAACAAAUCGAGGCACAGCAGCAGCAACAAGUCGAGCAGGAUGAGACAGAGGCGGAGGCAGAGUUGGCAACAACCGAACAACAAGAGCAACAAAUCAAUGAACAGCAGCAAGAACAAGUUGCCAGCCAAACUGAGAAGCAGACCGAACUGGAAGCCGAAGCUGAGGAGGUGGAAGAGACAUCAACUGCUGCAGCUGGAGCCGAGGAGGCAAUCAGCGAAGCACAACACGAAGAAUUGACUUACCCAACAAAUGAUGAUGAAUUGGCGCCACAGCAGCAGACCACAGAGCAAGAAGCUGAGGAAGAGCAAAAGAUACCAGAGGAACUGGACGCGGAGGCGGAGGCGGAGGCAACGACUCAACUGACGGCAGUUGAACCAGAAAUCGCAGCCGAGUCGCAUGAGCUAAAUGCAAAUGCAAUUAAGACGCCCGAAGUGUCGGAAACAAUUGCAGAGCAAGAGGCAGAGCAAGAGACUGAACAAGAGGCAGAGCAAGAGUUCGAGGCAACAACUGAGACACAAUCGGAGCCAGAGACUGCGACGCAGACAGAGCAGAUAGACAACGACAACGACAACAACAGCGUGGCUAAUGAUGAGGUGUCGCAUGUGGAAGCAGUUGAGGCGGAGACAGCGACCGAAACCUAUCAUGAUGAAGGUGCGGCUGCGGCUGUCACAGAUGCACUGCCAAUUAACCACGAAGAGCUGCAGGAAACCAGCGAAGCUUUGAAGGAGACCGACAACCAAGCAGCACCAGAGUCAGAGACAGAUGCAGAGUCAGAGACGGAGACGGAGUCACAGUUGGCAACCACAGAGCAGGUGGAGUUGCAGCAAUCGGAAACUGUCACCGAGCGCAGUGAAAGUGGAGAGCGUGUUGUGGCUGAAACGGAAAUGGACAAAAAUGAAAAUGAUAAUAUCAUAGAAGGAGCCGAGCCAAAUGUGGAACAAGAGCCAAUCAAGGCCAUCGAGCUGGAGGCGGCAGCACAAACCAAACCCGAAUCGGAGCUUGAGACAGAGGCGGAGGCGGAGUCGCAGCCAAUUCAAGAGAUGGCUGAGGAGGAGACAACACCUGCAGCUGAAGAGACUUUGGACUACACCAGCAUUGAGCAGCUGAAGGAACACAUAGCACAGCAGGAACAUGAGCAACAGCAAGCUGAAUCCGCGACAACUGAAGCGGAGGAAGAGACAACACAAAUCCCCGAGCUGGCUGCCGAAGUGCCCAUUGUAAGCGAGGAACAAGUUAAGGAUGAUUUCAAGGAAAGCGAAAGCAUUGCGGGCAUCCUCAGUGAUCUGAUGCUUGAGGGCGACAGCACGGUGCCUCCUGUGCCAUUUGGUGAGCAACCUUCCGAGACCAUACCGAUGCCGACUGAGACGGAACAGGAUGAGUUGCCCGAGGUGCCAGAUCUGAUGGCUGAGGCAGCAGAGAUGCAUGAGCACCAGCAGGAAUUGGAACAGGAAAUACAGACAGAAGAUCAGCAGCCAGAGGAAACACAACAGCACGAGAUGGAGCAGCAGGUGAUUGAACAGGUUCCUCAGGAGGAAGAACAACAGCAUCAGGAGCAGGAGCAACAUCAGGAAGAGGAGAAACAUCAUGAAGAGGAACCACAUGUGGAAGAAGAACAUUAUGUGGUAGAAGAGCCACAACAGCAAGCUCAACCACAGACGGAAGAUCAACAGCCAGAGGAGACCCAACAAGUCGAUGAACAGUCGCAGCCCGAACAACAAGAUGCAGAAGAGGCAGCCGCCACUGAUGCUCCCAGCAACGAUGAACAAUUGAUUACCUUCUAUCCCGAAGUGUCCGCUCCAGCAGACAACUCAGAGGAGCAACAUCAGUCCGAGCCCAAGCCAGAGUACACCACAAACGCACCCGAAGCCGAAGCGGAAGCAGAAGUCGAAGAGGAACGCACCUUGUCACCCGAAGAGCUGCCAUUUGACCUGAGCGACAACUCAGGACCAAUUAGACUGCAGGAACUUGAAUCAGACAGCUUGAUUUUGGAAUCGACCACGCUAAACACUUUGUUGAACAAUCACAUUGAGGAUGAAGCUGCCCCAGCACACAAGCAACCCAAUGAGGAAGCCACACCCAAUCCUGCGGAUAUUGUGGAGAUCACCACACAAACCAUGCUGGGCUUGGCGAGUCGUGUAACGUUGAUGGAACCCGCUGCACCAGUUGUGACCACGCUGAAGCCACUGAUGAACUGGGAGGAAGCCACACCACAGCCAGGAGCAGCAGCUGCUGAACCGCUGCUUAGCGGCAAACCAGGCUCAGAGUUGCGCAAGCGUGUGGAACUGGGAUUGGAAGCUAUCUCUUUGGGUCUACCUUGUGCCAAUGAUCGUCAGUGUCAACUUGCUGAUCCCCAUACAGUGUGCAAUGGACGUGGUGUAUGUGAUUGUGCUAGCACCGAGGGAGCUGCAGGACAGUGCAGUGCAGAACGCACCGGAUGCAGUCCAGGAACAUUCCAGUGCCGCUCGAGUGGAGUGUGCAUCUCUUGGUUCUUUGUGUGCGACGGACGUGCCGACUGCAACGACGACUCCGAUGAGGAAUGCACCCACAAUACACGACUGAACCAGACCUGUCCGACGGAAGCUUUCCGCUGCGAGCGCAGUGGACGUUGCAUCUCGAGGGCGGCGCUUUGCGAUGGCCGCAAACAGUGUCCACAUGGCGAGGAUGAACUCGGCUGCAGCGGACAGCUGAAGGGCGGCAACAGUUGCCCGCCACACACGUUCCGCUGCAAGAGCGGAGAAUGUCUGCCCGAGUAUGAAUACUGCAAUGCGAUUGUGUCGUGCAAGGAUGGCAGCGAUGAGCCGCCACAUUUGUGCGGUUCAAGGGCCAUGCCCAAUCUGUUCAUGCGCCUGAUUGAGGCGGGCGGUUUGCUGGCCAGCCGUAAUGAACCCGACGCCUACUGUCCGCAUCGUUGCAGCAACGGACUGUGCCGAUCGACGGCCAUUGUGUGCUCCGGUCGCGAUGGUUGCGGCGAUGGCACCGACGAGCAAACCUGCGCUGUCUGCCGUUGCCCUGCGCCCAAUGCCGCCAGCCUGCCCGCCUAUUUGGCCAGACAUCGCCCCAUGCCGCUGUGGUAAAGCUGUGGACGGAAGCAACAUCUACCAACACUGCAUUUUGCAACACUUGCAAAACACUAUUUCGCGCACAUUUCCCACACACACAAUAUUUGAAAUAUCUGAAUUUUUGAUUUAGCAUUUAAGUUGAAUUUACGCUAUUUAUUUAUUUAUUUAUUAUUUUGUUUGGACUGCGCCAUGCCACGUCCAAUUGCCACCUUGCUAGCAAGGGAUUGUCCUCAAAGCGCAUCCUUUGACCCAGCGAUGUUGACAAUUGUGCGCCCUCUGCGCGCUCCUCUAUCAUCCACAAACACCAUCCCAAAACUAUUCACUCAUUCACUCUAUUUAUUCUACUCAUCUACCCAUCAAACUAUUUAUUUUCACACUACCCAAAAAAAAACACGAAAAAAAAAACCAAAAAGCAAAAACAAUCUGCAUUCGCUUAGCUUAGUUUUAUGAAAUUAUCUAA